AGGGACAACAGAAUUGAGCUGGUCCGAGCUUCGUGGCAUGAACUGAGUAUCAGUGUCAGUGAUGUGUCUCUGUCGGACGAAGGGCAGUACACCUGCUCUUUAUUUACUAUGCCUGUCAAAACUUCCAAGGCUUUUCUUACUGUUCUUGGUGUUCCCGAGAAGCCACAAAUUACUGGAUUUACCUCACCAGUUAUGGAGGGAGAGAGGAUGCAGCUAACUUGCAAGACAUCUGGUAGUAAACCAGCAGCUGAUAUCAGAUGGUUCAAGAACGACAAAGAAGUUAAAGAUGUUAAAUAUUUAAAAGAAGAAGAUGCAAAUCGUAAAACAUUCACAGUCAGCAGCACACUGGAUUUCCUAGCAGAUCGCAAUGAUGAUGGUGCAGUUGUAAGUUGCAGAGUAGAUCAUGAGUCCCUAAACUCUACACCUCAGAUAGCAAUGCAGGUUCUAGAAAUACACUAUACACCUUUAGUUAAAAUCAUUUCUUCCAAUUCAUGGCCUGAAGAAGGACAAUCUAUAAUUUUGACUUGUGAAUCCAAAGGAAAACCAGUGUAA